AUGGGAUCUGAAGGUGUUUCCAGCAUGCAGCGGUGGGAGGGGCAGUACACAGUGUGGAGCUGGCUGGAUGCACACUCACACCACCCGCCUCCACCCUCAACUCACGCCACCCGCCUCCACCCUCAACUCACGCGGCGCCACCCACCUCCACCCUCGACUCCUUCCUUCCAUGCAUGCAUGCGUGCAGCGCACUCGUCACCUUCAUGGUGCCAUCCACGUCACCUUCAUGGUGCCAUCCACGUCACCUUCAUGGUGCCAUCCAUGGAGCGAGAGACGAGCAGGGAGGCAUCGGAGCAGAAGGAGACGCCCGUGAUGUCGUCGCCCCUCUCAUGUGCAUCGGUGGACGUGAUGCCAUGGCAGGUGGACGUGAUGCCAUGGCAGGUGGACGUGAUGCCAUGGCAGGUGGACGUGAUGCCAUGGCAGGUGGACGUGAUGCCAUGGCAGGUGGACGUGAUGCCAUGGCAGGUGGACGUGAUGCCAUGGCAGGUGGACGUGAUGCCAUGGCAGGUGGACGUGAUGCCAUGGCAGGUGGACGUGAUGCCAUGGCAGGUGGACGUGAUGCCAUGGCAGGUGGACGUGAUGCCAUGGCAGGUGGACGUGAUGCCAUGGCAGGUGGACGUGAUGCCAUGGCAGGUGGACGUGAUGCCAUGGCAGGUGGACGUGAUGCCAUGGCAGGUGGACGUCAUGCCAUGGCAGGUGCAGAGGUAUCUCCACCAUGUUGACGCCAUGUGUUGUCGUUAA